AAUAGAAUCCAUCAGUUCCAAACUUCUUCACUAAGACCAAAAUAAAGAAAUGAUUUUCUUCCGACCCUUAGAAUCAAUCAAACAACAAUCAAUUCAAUGAUAAAAUCGAGUUAAUUUCAUGUUAAUAUUGUUUUUACAACUUUGAUUACUUGGAGAGUAAAGUUGCAAAAUGACAAUGUGGAUUGCAGCAGCAGCAACAACAGCUUCAGCGAGUUCAAGGUUCCUUUCGUUUCAAAUUCAAUGCUCUGAUUCAAAAGCUAAACGAGGUUUCGGUUCCAAAAAACCCAACCAAAAGGCAAACAAGGUAAGUGCGUCAAGGGAGGAGAAGGGUAUGAAGUUACAACAAAGGAAAUCAACUAGUAAACAAUCUGGUCCUUCACCUGCACAGGCACCCGGCUUAAGUGCUCAAUUUGAUGGAAAAUCUAACAGCAGUUCCUUGGACAUUGACUUUGAGGAACGGCUGGAAGCAAUUAGAAGGGCAGCAGUUCAACAGAAAAAGGCAGAGGAACAAAAGGAAUUUGGACCAAUUGACUAUGAUGCACCUGCCGAAUCAGAUAAGAAAACAAUUGGGCUUGGUACACAGAUUGGAGUAGGAGUAGCUGUUGUGGUCUUUGGUUUGGUUUUUGCUCUUGGAGACUUUCUUCCCUCAGGAAGUACUAAUCCUCCUGAGGAAGCUGCAGUGAUUGACAAGAAACUGUCUAAUGAAGAGAAAGCUACUCUUCAGACUAGGCUGAAGCAGUUUGAGGCAAUGCUAAGUAUCUCUCCAAAAGAUCCAACUGCACUUGAAGGAGCAGCAGUUACAUUGACAGAAUUAGGGGACUAUGCUCGGGCGGCCUCUUUACUUCAAGACUUGGCAAAGGAGAAAACAAGCGACCCUGAUGUUUUUCGUUUGCUUGGAGAAGUAAAAUAUGCACUUAAGGAUUAUGAUGGUAGUGCUGCUGCAUAUAAACUUUCUGCAAUGGUGUCAAAAGAUGUCAAUUUUGAGGUUUUGCGGGGCCUUACAAAUGCAUUGCUUGCUGCAAAAAGACCAGAUGAGGCUGUUCAAUUCCUUCUGUCCUCUCGUGAACGCAUGAAUUCAGAAAGAUUAAAUCGUCCUAAUCUCAAGGCUGACAGCAAUAAAAUGGAAACAGAAUUACAGAAGGUGGAUCCUAUUCAGGUUGAUUUACUUCUUGGGAAAGCAUAUUCAGACUGGGGCCAUGUUAGUGAUGCAGUAGCUGUUUAUGACCAGCUCAUUUCUAGCCAACCGAAUGACUUCCGAGGAUACUUAGCAAAGGGAAUUAUUUUGAAAGAAAAUGGCAAUGUUGGAGAUGCAGAGAGGAUGUUUAUUCAAGCUCGAUUUUUUGCCCCAGAGAAAGCUAAAGCACUUGUUGAUCGCUAUUCAAGACAAUGAAAGUUGUGACUGCUUGUUUCUGUUUACAAGCCCCUUUGAUGUGAGUCAAAUCUCCAGAUAGUAUCUAAAGAUAUCAUUAACUAUGAUGGCAAUGCAAUUUUUUUAAUAAAAAAUUCUCUAAAUCAGCAACAUUAAACUUUAUAAGAAAAAACAAAUUCUGUAAGAAUGACAUGUUUCACUAAUUCACUUAUCCACUUGAAUUUUUCAUAUGCAAAACAUGUGAUAUAGGUGUCAUGUUACACUGGCAGAAAAUAGAAUUCCUGCCAAAUCCCAUUUAUACAUGGGAAUCUGCACAUCUGAAAGAACAAAUAUUGCACACAAACACACGAUGUGCUUUAAGUAAGUUUGUUGAGAAGUAAUUAAGGUUCAUUUUUUUGUGGUUUCUUUUUUUCCUCUUUUUUCGGCCAAAAGUUACUGUAUUACUUAAGUUUGAUAGACUCUAUUUACCAUGAAAAGUUACUGUAUUGAGGGUCAUGUGUAACUGAGAUAAAUUAGAAAUAGAGAAGCUUAUGGAUGUGGUGUUUAGCUUGUGAA